GCGCGUGAGUGCUGACCGCUGGGGCUGGGCCGCAGCCUGUUGGGUUAGAGGACCCGGCGGGAGGCGCCAGUUGUGGCCCAAAGUGGGAUGAGCUUUCAGUCUCACGUCUACCUCUUGGCAAUAUUUGAGGCUCUGCACAAGAAACGCUCUUCCUCUCUCUGUUUUGGGCGACUACUACCUUGCAGGGUUGCUGUAAAGCACAGAGAUGAUGUACCCGAAGCACGCGGUGCGGGGAGAACAGACGGGGAGCGGUAUUGUUGAGUGUUAUGCAAAGGAGUCCCCACCGAAGGCAGCGGGCGGUGGGGACCCCAUCGGGUCGCCAAGCUCCCGGCCUCCGACCGCUUUUCGAGGUGGGCGGUGUGGACGGGUCCUCCAGCCACUCGGGCCCCGCCCGCGCUUCCCCGCGCGGCUCCGCCCCGGGCGCGGUAGGCGCAGCGCCCCGAGAACCGGACCCACCCCGGACGCCUCGCUGGCCCCGCAGAGCAGGAACCUCCGUGCACUGGAGACCAUGGAUAAAUAUGAUGUGAUAAAGGCCAUUGGGGAAGGUGCCUUUGGGAGAGCAUAUUUGGCUAAAGAGAAAUCUGAUAGCAAGCUCUGUGUCAUAAAAGAGAUCAAUUUUGCAAAGAUGCCCAUCCAAGAGAAAGAAGCUUCGAAGAAAGAAGUCAUUCUUCUGGCAAAGAUGAAACAUCCCAACAUUGUAACCUUCUUCAGUUCCUUUCAAGAGAACAGCAGGCUGUUUAUUGUAAUGGAAUAUUGUGAUGGAGGGGAUCUCAUGAAAAGGAUCAAUAGACAACGGGGAGUGUUAUUUAGUGAAGAUCAGAUCCUGAGUUGGUUUGUACAGAUCUCUCUAGGACUAAAACAUAUUCACGACAGGAAGAUAUUACACAGGGACAUAAAAGCUCAGAACAUUUUUCUUAGCAAGAAUGGAAUUGUUGCAAAGCUUGGGGACUUUGGUAUAGCAAGAGUUCUGAAUAAUUCCAUGGAACUUGCUCGAACUUGUGUUGGAACACCUUACUACCUGUCCCCAGAGAUCUGUCAGAAUAAGCCCUACAACAAUAAAACGGAUAUUUGGUCUCUUGGCUGUGUCUUAUAUGAGCUCUGCACACUCAAGCAUCCUUUUGAGGGUAACAACUUACACCAGCUGGUUCUGAAGAUUUGUCAGGCACACUUUGCCCCAAUAUCUCCAAGGUUUUCUCGUGACCUACGGUCCUUGAUAUCUCAACUCUUUAAAGUAUCUCCUCGAGAUCGACCAUCUAUUAAUUCCAUUUUGAGAAAGCCCUUUUUAGAGAAGCUUAUUGACAAAUACUUGGCUCCUGAGGUCAUUCGGGAAGAAUUCAAUCACAUGCUUAUACACAGGGCAAGAGCGUCAGCAUCUCGACCUGCUGGGAAGGUGGUCCAGGAGUCUAAAAUGCAGAAAGUGAGAUUCCAGGAAAAGUGCCCACCAAGAUCAAGGAUAUCAGUGCCAAUUAAAAGGAAGGACAUAUCACACAAAAGUGAAUGGAGACCACCAGCUGGAGCCCAGAAGCCCAUAUGUAUAAAAAUGAUAGAAAGGCCCCAACUUGCUGCCGCAUGUGAACAUUAUGAUUAUUAUUAUGCUCGACUUGACCUGUUGAGGAAGAGAACCCAUGGACCAAAUUAUCACUCUGUUCCCCAAAAAGACACUGGAAUGGAGGAAAAUUAUAAUCGGGAAGAAAGUCUUGACCCAUCCCCAGGUCAAUGGCCUGCUGAGUACCUUCAGAGGAAAUUUGAAGCUCAACAAUAUAAGUUAAAAGUGGAAAAGCAAUUGGGUCUUUGUCCAUCUUCUGCUGAGCCAAAUCACAACCAGAGACAAGAGCUAAGAAGUAAUGGAGAAGAGCCUAGAUUCCAGGAGCUGCAGUUUAGGAAAAACAAAAUGAAGGAACAGGAAUAUUGGAAGCAGUUAGAGGAAAUACGCCAACAGUACCACAAUGACAUGAAGGAAAUUAGAAAGAAGAUGGGGAGAGAACCAGAGGAGAACUCGAAAAUAAGUCCCAACACCUACUUGGUGAGGAAGAGUGACCUGCCCAUCCACCAAGAUGCAUCUGAGGAGGAGGCUCCCGUGCAGGACAUGGAAGGAGACUUGAAACAAAUGAGGCUUCAGAACUUAAAGGAAAGCGAAAUUCCAGAACAGAAAUGUAAAGCUAAGAGAGGGGUAAAGUUUGAAAUUAACUUAGACAACUGUAUUUCUGAUGAAAACACCCUCCAAGAGGAAGAGGCAAAGGAUAUACUAAAUGAAACUUUGGCCUUCGAGGACAGCAGGAAGUUUAAGGAAUAUGAAAGUAUAAAGGAACAUGAAGAUUAUGCAGACAAAGCAUUUGAAAAACUCUGUUGCCCAGAAGCAGAAAACAGGAGGCAGUGGGAUAGAGGAGCACCUCAGACUCUGCUGCAGAUGAUGGCAGUGGCCGACGUCACCUCCACCUGUUCCACCAUGCCCGAUGUUUCCUCUUCAGAUGGCCAAGUUAUUGUGAUCGAAGGCAUUCCAGAAAAUAGAAAACAGUGGCGGCAUGAGGCACCAGAAACUUUGAUGAGUGUUUUGGCUGCAGCACAUCUAACGAAUAGCUCAUUUUCUGCCAAUGAGGGAGAAUUUGUGGGAACAUUAAGACAAUGGCUUCCUAAAGAAGAAGAGGAAGGGAAGGUGGAUAUGGCCCCUGGCAUUGAAGUAGAUGAGGAACAACUGGAUCCAAGAUCUGAUGAUGAUGAUACAAAUUUUGAAGAAUCUGAAGAUGAGUUGAGAGAUGAAGUAGUAGAAUCCCUAGAAAAACUUGCUACUUCCAAAGAGGAAGAAAAAGGAGAAGAGGCCUCUGGUUCCUGUAAGGUCUCUGAAAAGUCAGGAGAGAGAGAGGGGAGAAGCAUCCUGAAAUCUGAAGAAUUAAAAUAAGGUUUGGAGGAUAUUUUGACUCCAUCUAAUGACCAAACUUGUCAUUGUUGAUGAAGAUCAAGGAACAUGAACAACCAGUCAAAAUAGACAAGUGUGAUUAUUGUACUUUUUCUUAAAUAAGUUAAUAUCCAUUAACUAUAGUAUUUUUUUGAGUACAGUCAUAAAUGUCCAUUUAUUGUAAAGGUUUUCUAGUAAUCCCAAGGAUUUAUUAAUUUUUCUUUCAAUUUAGACAAUAGAACCAACUUUUAAGUGUAGAAAUUAUUAUUUCUACUUUAAAGCUUUUGUUAAGAAAUCUUUUAGAUAAUAUAUGUCGUACACAGAAUAAUGUGGCUCAAACACCCGCCUCCAAAAGACAUCACAUCCUAAUCUUCAGAAUUUGUGAAUAUGUGUUGUUACAUGGCAAAGAGGAAUUAAGGCUGCCGAUGGAAUUAAGUUUGCUAAUUAGCUGACUUUAAUAUAGGGAGGGUCCUUAAAAAUGGAAGAGGAAGGCAAAAGAGAAAACCAGGGAGAAGGCAGCGUGAAAAGGACUGAGGCUGAUGUUGCUGGCUUUGAAGAUGGAGGACGAGGCCACAAGCUAAAGAACGCAGGCAGAGAAUCUGGGAAAGGCAAAGAAAUAGCUUCUUCUCUAAAGCCUGCAGAAGGAACACAGCUCUCCUAACACCUUGAUUUCAGCCUAGUCAGAUCCAUUUCAGACUUCUGACCUGCAGA